AUGUCGUCUCUGCAAGCAAGCGAAGCAAAGCUCGAGAGCCUGCUCAAGAACCGCCCGCAGCGUGACGAGCUCGUCGACAAGAACAUCCUCAAGGACAGCAGAGUUGCGCCCGCUCUGCAAGCUGCCGAAGCCGAGCUUGCGCGUGCUCAGGCCAAAGACACGCUCGAAGCAAAGCUGCAAGCUCGUCCCAUGCCCGAGGAACUUGUUCAAGAAGGCAUAGCUCAAAAGGGCGAGGUGGGUCCCCGUUGA